UAUCUAUUUCCUUCUGUGAGUUCGUGUCAAGUUAAAGUAAUAAAUGCUCAUGUUUUCGAUCUGCAGCGACUAUUGGCGCGCGCCUUUCUAUCAGCUCUGUCUGAUAGGAAGAGUUACUAAACCUCGCCGUGAAGCUGAAUGUAUCUCGCUGUGAGCUGCGGUUGUUUUGGGACCAAAUGUCUGUGAGACGGGCUCUGGUGGACUGCGUCGUGCUGUCUCUUCAAGACUCCUCAGUGUUUUAUCCGAGCUGUAAAGGCUGUUUCUCAAGGAUUGACGUUGAACAACGGGACACGGAAAGAUGCAGAUGCUCCAGGUGUGGAUAUUUGUGCCUGAGGGAACAGGUGGAGUACAGAUACCGUCUUUCACUCAGGGUAACCAGAGACAAAAGCAUAUUUGGGGUGACGGUGUUUGGAAGCCACUUGAACCAGUUCUUUGGCGUGGAUGCCACUGGAUUACAGAGGUUAGUGGGAAACACAGACUGUUCAGCAGAACCAUCAGAGAAAUUCACGUUGCUGCUGAAGGCCAUUGAGGACUGUUUUAUUGGUAGACAUUUCAUCUUUUGUAUGAAGCUAACAGAAAAUGACCAAAGACCUUGGAUGGAAGAUCCUGCUCCGAAGUGCAGAAAAGAUCGCACACAGUUUAUUGUCAAUCAGAUGAUCCUUCCCAAAGCUACAGGAUUGGGAGGCUGUACAGUGCUCACCUAUUAUCAGAAACUUCUGCAGAAAGCUUCAGACCCCAACAGAGCCUCUAGAUUUCCAGCAACACAGCUGCUGCUGACUCCUCGUCACUCUCCAGCCAGCAGCUUCAACGUGACGCUGUCUUCUCCUCGUUUCCUGUUCAAGCCUACGCACAGGCCACAGCAUCUUGACUGCACGCUCACUCCCACCCCUCCGUGGCAGCAGUCUCUCGGUGUUGUCACUUCGUCAGCAGAGCAGGAGGAAAGUGGAAGUUCGCAGAACAGCAGACAGACAGACAACAGUGCAAUGCCACAUUGGGUAGGCAAGGGCUUUCUGCAGAAACAUAAAGCCACAGAAGAAACUUCCCCUUUUCAUCUGGAUCAAAGUUUAUCUUGUUGUCCAUCAUUUGCUAAGUGCCCAAACCUGCGCUCUCAAAAGUCAAUGAGAACAAGCUCCACCUUGAACACUUCCUUUACUGAGCCUGAUCACAGAAGACACAGUGCUAAAGAGGCACAGGCUUCUACUGAUGAAUUAACGGGAACGCUUCUCUCCAGCUCAGUGGACUGGGAAGAUUUACCUUUAUCUGAAAGUCUCACAGAUUUUAUAUGUGGAGGAAGCAAAGACUUUGUUGUUGACACAGGGCCAAAUUCAAAUGUGCUCUGUCAGAACAACACGGAAAGAAAUAAUGCGGUAAUUACAAACCUGACAACUGAAUCAACUUGUACAGAUCAAAGAAGUGAACAGCUAACAGAAAACCAAUCACAGGUUUUACUGGACGUCGUUAAUAUACCAAAUGGACACGACAGACGAAAGCAUUCUCACCAGGUAUGCAAAGACUUGAUUCAGCAGGAGAAUCAAAGUCAAACCAGAAGCAUCUGCUCCUCUAAGUUUGAUGAGCAAAAUGAGUUAAAACCUUCCUUCAAAAACGAGGAGCAGGAUCUCAUAGAAGACGCCUAUAACUGUUCCGCAGACCUUUUUGGUAACUCAUCGCUGGCCGAUACACGUACCGAAAUGCUCAGCUGGAAAGCAGAAACUGCUUGGACAACUGCAGAAGCGUCCCCUCAGUCACUCAAGCCAGACCUAAAGCCCUUGAUUCAGUCACCAGGAGAGACCCGGAGACGGUGUAGUAGACGGAGCUGUAAAAGAGAUAGUCUAACCAUACAAGACUUUGUUCCUCCCUCUCAGUCCACUCCCAACGUUAAAAGGUUUGUGUCACAUUCGUUCAUCUCCGCUCACAGAAAAUUAGCUCAUAAAUUCACUUCUCUACCCGAAAGAGAAGAUCCAGAAGCUUUUCUUGAAAAUAUGUGUGAGCUGAAACAUAAGAAAGCGGUAAACGCUGCUUCUGUUCAUCCCCAGCUAAACAGUCUGGUCAGUGCUGGCCAGCGUGGUCAGGUGUGCACAAAGGAAAACCUAAUAUGGAGCACAACACCAACCAGAUGCAGUGACACACGCUCCACCGGACAGAGGCUGGGGAAACCAGAGAAUCACAAAACCCCUCUGCCGACUCACAAACACUUCCAAGUGCGGAGAAGGAGCAGGCACCUGCAGUUAGGUCAGCUGAUCGCCCACAAACGUGACUCAGGAGUUUCUUGCGUGUCUGUGUGUGAUAAUGACAACAGUGACCUGCUGGUUCCUCCGACUCCUGCUGGAAAAACACAACACAGCGUGAUACAACGAGCACGGCGACUCAGCAUCUCUUCUCCCACUGACCAACAGCAGCAGGCCGACGGCGAAGGACACAUAACUGUGGCGUGUUCUCACAGACAGGAGGGACAUGUUGAUCUGUCAGAUGAUUGCUUGCCCGUUGAUGAGAGUUGGACACGUGAUUGGUCAAGAGAUCUGUUUUCUGACUCAGUCUAAGAGUCACAUGAGUGUAGGUGUUGUGACAAAACAGUAAUCACACUCUGAACAACAAUUUGGAGAGCCACCUUUUUAAUGUUCACAUUCUUAACUAUAAAGCCUACGUAAUUAAUCAUGAAGCUGUGCAAUGAAAUUAUUUUAUUGAAUGUUUAAUUGUUUUUGAUAUAUUAAAAAAUGUUUUCUUUUUGUUUCAUGCAACAAAUUAAUUUAUUCUACGGUAUGUUUGCUGCUUACUGUUUUGUCUCUUCCUCUGUCAUUGCUCUGUGUCAUUUUUUUGGUAACACUACUUGAAGCCCACCUGUGUAACGCAUUUAUAAAGCAUUAUAAUGCCAUUGCCAAAGCACUGUAUAAACACUCAUAAAUGAUCACAAUGCUUUAUAACAUCAGUUAGGGCCAGGACCUGGUGUCUAACCCUAACCCAGUGCUGUAUAGUGGGUUAUGAUUAUUGUUAUAAAGCAUUGUGAUCGUUUAUGAUUGUUUAUAGCUAUAGUUAUACAGUGCUAUAAUAGCAUUAUAAUGCUUUAUACGUGUACUUAUAAUGCGUUAUAGAGGUGGGCUUCAAGUAAAGUGUUACCGUUUUGUUCUUUUAAAAUGUGGAGGAAAGUGAAGCUCCUUGUUGGUGGCAGACCGAUUCUGAACACUAUCCAUGUUUCUGAGGGUGAAUGUGUUCGAAAGUCAGACAAAGAUUUUUUUUUUUUUUUUUUUUUUUUUUACAUUUGUAGAUUUUUACAUAUUUGACCAACACUUUGUCUCCUAAACUGCGAAAGGUUUGGUGUGGCGUUUUAAAUCAGAUUUUCUGUGUUUACACUAUACCUACAGUGUUAGAAUAACUUCUGACAUUCCUUUCACCAUGUAAAUGAGUAUGUUUUUUUAUUUGAUAAAUGAUGGUCCGUUUCUAAAUUAAAAGUUUUUUUUUUUUAAAUAACAUGAUUUGUUUUGCACUAAAUGAUUUAUUUUGAUUUGAAGUGGGUUAAACAGUAGAACUCAAUCAGGGACACUGAUAUUUUUCAGUGUUUGUUGUGCAUCACAGCUCCAAGGCCACCGAGAUGCUGAGCCACUCUUGCUCCCCAGAUGAAAUGCUCUGCUCUCUGGUACGUUUGGCGGCAGACCAGCUAUUAUGUAGCUACUGUUUGUUUAUGCGAUGAUGAGUGUGUGCAGUAUCAAGCCUACUGAGCUAAAAAUAACAGACUGCAAUGUUCUGGAUGUGUUAAGUGGAGAAGGUGAGAUGAUGUUACAGGUGUAAAAAUGGAAGUGAAACAGGAAAAAAUAAACAGCUGGAGCCUGUAACUGUGUGUGUGUGUGUGUGUGUGUGUGUGUGUGUGUGUGUGUGUGUGUGUGUGUGUGUGUUUGUUUGUUUUGGGGGGGGGGGGGGGGGUUGUUGUGUUUGUAGGUGUGUCUUUUUUAUUUUGUUGAAUAUUAAACUCUCAUCUUGUAAUAUUUAUAUGAAGGACCGUGUGAGAACAGGUAGUUUUUUGUGCCAGUAAUCCAGUUUUGUUGGUCCAGACUAAAAUCUUUUUUUUUUUAACACACUUCUGGUUUUCCACUGAGGAUGAAGUCUGAUGAUGGCCCCUCAAGAUUUGAUAUUUGUAACUUAUUUUAAUGUUGUGAAAUAAAAGAGCUUCUGAAUUUAAAUAGCAGGUCAGAUGUCUGAUGUGCAGUCUCCAGCAGGUUAACUCUACUGCCGUUCGCAUUAUACAAUCUAAAUUUACUCUGUUUUUGACUUCUCUGUGUCGUUCCUGUCCACAUUGCUAAAUGAAAAGAAUGUAAAGCCGUGGGUGUCAGAUCAGGAAAUGACUCCAGGCACUUUGUGUUCUUACACGUUACACUUUUCACAGUUAGGUCUCUCAAAACUAUUCAUGCAGGAGGAGGCCCAACCAAGUAUAGAAAUGAACAUACUGUUCAGAAGCCUUAAGGUUUUAGCUUAAAAAUAUCCCAUUUUAUUGAUCUUAUGUAAUAUCAAAAUUCCCUGAGACUCUCUGUUUUGGGUUUUAAUUAUCUGUAAACCA